AACACAAACUUAUUCCUCAAGCAUCACCACAGACGGUUUUCUUCAUAAACAAGGAUCAGCACUCAAUUUUCACUGACAUCUAAAGUGGUAUAGAGAUAUAGAAGAGAAAGAAUGAAGAAUAUGAUGAAGAAUGAUGUAAAAGGAAAAGAAAAGAAAAAUAGAAAGAGAAAGUUGGAGGAAUCGGGAAGAAAAGAAAAGAGAAAUAGAAAGAGAAAGUUGGAAGAAUCCGAAUCUGCGACGAAUGAGAAGCCCAACCGAGACAGAAGCCAAACGGACGUUGCUCUUAGCAUAGCAAAACAUUUGUUUUUGAAAAAUUCAAACAAGGACAAAAAUACUGUGUUUUCACCACUAUCGCUUCACGUUCUGCUCAGCAUAAUCGCUGCCGGUUCCGAUGGCGCCACACUCGAUGAGCUUCUGUCCUUCCUCGGGUCGGAUUCCACCGACCAUCUCAACUCCUCCGCCUCUAAGCUCAUCUCCGUGGCGCGCUCUGAUACUUCUUCCGUCGGCGGCCCUGAACUCUGUUUUGCUAGUGGUGUGUGGGUUGAAAAAUCCCUUGCUAUUCACCAUUCCUUCAAACAACUCGUGGCUACUGAUUAUGAGGCCUCUUUGACCUCUGUUGAUUUCCGUAAUAAGGCGGGUAAAGUGGUGGACGAAGUUAAUUCAUGGGUUCAGAAAGAGACAGAUGGCCUUGUCAAAGACCUUGUUGAUCCUAGUUCAGUUGACAGCUUAACCAGACUCAUUUUCGCAAAUGCAUUGUACUUCAAAGGUAAAUGGUUUGAGAAGUUUGAUGCUUCAAUGACAAGAAACUAUGAUUUUCACCUUCUUAAUGGCACCUCAGUCAAGGUUCCCUUCAUGGUCAGCAAGAAGAAGCAAUUCAUUAGUACUUUUAAGGGAUUCAAAGUCCUUGGUUUGCCUUAUAAGCAGGGUGAAGAUAAGCGUCGGUUUUCCAUGUACAUUUUUCUUCCAAAUGCAAAAGAUGGGUUGCCUGCUUUGGUUGAGCAAUUGACUUCAAAUGCUGGGUUCCUCGAAUCCAAGCUUCCUCAUCAAAAAGUAGAAGUAGGUGACUUCAGGAUUCCCAAAUUCAAAAUUUCUUUCGGGUUUGAAGCUCCUUUUGUUCUUAAGGAGCUGGGAGUGGUUUUGCCUUUCUCAUCUGAUGCAAAUUUGAGAAAAAUGGUGGAUUCUGACCUAUGUGUUUCCAACAUAUUUCACAAGUCUUUCAUUGAAGUAAAUGAAGAAGGCACUAGAGCUGCAGCAGCAAGUGCGGGUAUAGUAUCAACGAGGAGUUGGUCGCCAAGGCCGACUCGGGUAGACUUCGUAGCUGACCACCCUUUCUUGUUUGUGAUCAGAGAAGAGAUGACUGGAACAAUACUAUUUACAGGGCAGGUGCUCAAUCCACUUGCUGGGUGAUGAUAGCAUCGUUAGUGAAACUUAAGCUCUUAUUCUGCUUUCUUUAUUUUUCUUAUGGUCUUGUUAGUGAAACUUAAGACCUUAUUAUGCUAUCUUUGUUUUUCUUAUGGUCCCAUUAUCAGAAAUGGUUGGACAUGUUAUUUAGGAAAAUGGUACACAUGGAUCAGCUUUACAAUUUUCAUUGCUAACCGUUUUUAAUAUUUUGAACUGCACUCUUUUAUGAAUGUUGUUGCUUCAUGUGUUGGAUUUUGCAACUUAUCUAUCCUUGAGUUGAAUGUUA